AUGCUUGCAGCAUUAGUCCUGCUCAAUUACUCACUACAAUUCAUAGACGGGUAUUGGCCGAAAUGGACGAGACCUUUCGUACAUGAGGCAAAGGAGAAGCCAAGUGAGGUGGAGACGCCCUUGACGCAACAGCCUGUGACCGGAACAUUUGGCCUCUUGGUCCUAGCUACGAUUGGCCUCACGUUCCAAAUCCUCAAUGUCUUUUUUCCCAUACGCCAGCCAUCAGCUAUCUAUCCAGCUAUUGCAUGGGCCAUCGUAGUAGCCAUCGUCAUCGUGGAGCGCCCAAGAAAAGCUUCUUUGUCGCUGUUGCUUCUUUUCACAGGCCUCUUACUAGAACAGCUGGUCGCAUUGUCUCAUAGGCAAUCCAAAUUUCUAGCCAAGGAUGUCCCCUGGGUCGUCGCACCCGCGGCCGCUGUAUUGGGCAUCGUUACGAUACUCAACAUGCCUCUUAGAGAUCCUACGUUACCAAGACAAGACAUCAGCCCUGCCUUUGACACCCCCACAAUCCAGCUCCGGACUCCUGAAGAUAAUCUGACUCCCUGGCAGUACAUGACGGUGUCUUGGAUGGAACCACUUAUCAAGAAAGGUGUGACUCGCCAAAUGGAAGACGGGGACAUAUGGGACUUGGGUUGGGAAUUUAAGCACGCGCGACUCCACGAGGCGUUCCGAAAACUCCAGGGAUCGGUGACCAAAAGAAUCUUUGUCGCGAACGGCAUGGACUUGAUACGCACGACCGUCUUGAACGUGAUAAGAAUGUGCGCAACUCUGCUCACGCCGGUACUCUUACAGCGAGUACUCGCUUCUUUGGAAGACAAGAACAGUAGUGCCACGAUCACCUACGCCUGUAUCAUCCUGGCUGUGCGCCUUAUAUCCGCUCAGCUGAACAUAUUCAAUCUAUGGUACCAGAGGCGAGCGUAUGAGAGAUGUAGAGGUGAGCUCAUCACGAUGCUUUACGAGAAGACAUUGCAUCGCAAGAUUCUAGGUGCAAAACAGGAAGUCAAAGAAAACCAGACCAAUGGUCACAGUAACCACGAGGCACACGGAACGGAUGACGAGAACAGUGACGGUACUGAUGAAACGAUCAAACCAACACCCGAAAGUUGGCUAGGACGUUUGAUGAGUUCGGUUCGAUCAGUGUUUACGAAGAAUAUCAAAACGCAGCCCAAAGAUGACAAAGAGGCUGCAUCGAUGGGAAAGAUCCUCAACUUGAUGCGCAAUGAUGCGUACGAGAUAGCGCAGCGCUUCUGGGAAUUUUCCGAUAUCAUCACUAAGCCUGCAGGUGCCAUCUUUGCGACUAUACUGAUUUGGCGCAUGCUGGGUUGGGCAUGCCUACUCGGUGUUGUGGCACUGGCAGCUUCGCAGCUACUCAAUAUCGUCAUUGCUCGCUUUCAGGUCCAUUACGAGAAGAAGCGUAGAGUGGCGACCGACGAGAAGUUGCAACGUACGAGUCAAUUUAUAGAGUCAAUCCGUCAUCUGCGCUGGUACGGCUGGCAAGGCGCAUGGUUGGACGGAAUACUGGAGUCUCGCCAAAAGGAGCUGCAUCUCCGUAUCAUUAACAUCAUCUUUUCGACGUCGCUCUCCUUCAUUCUGCGAUUUGGUUCUGGACUCUUUCCUGCUGUUGCUUUCUAUGCCUUCACCAAGUUGGCCGGCCAACACUUGCGUAUUGAUCUAAUCUUCCCUGCAUUUGAUCUAUUCAACCUGCUGGAAUCGUAUCUUCGGGCAUUGCCGCAACUUGUUACUACUUUACUCAAUGCAUACGUCGCGAUGGGCCGUAUUGAGGAGUUCAUGGCUGAGCCAGACAAGGAAGAGACGGAUGUUGUACCGGAAGGUACUGCUGAUCUUGGUCUGCACCACGCAUCUUUUGCCUGGCCUGGAGUAGACCACAACGUCCUUGAAGAUAUCACGCUAUCUUUUCCACCGGGACUUACCGUGGUAUAUGGCGAGGUUGCCGCCGGUAAAACAGCGCUGCUGCAAGCUCUCCUUGGCGAGCUCGAUACGACAGACGGGGAGCUUGUGCGCCCUGAUCAGGUAGUUGCCUACUGUGCGCAAACUCCAUGGCUUCAAAGCAUGAGUAUCCGUGACAAUAUACUUUUCUCGUACCCUUACGAAGAGAGUCGCUACAAGCAGACCCUGGAGGCAUGUGCCCUGUUGCCCGACAUGGUGGAGCUCAAGCAUGGGGACCUGUCGAAUAUUGGCGAGAACGGAAUUGGAUUAUCUGGAGGCCAGAAAGCUCGCGUGGCACUAGCGCGAGCUGUCUAUAGCCGCGCAAAAGUGCUGCUGCUUGAUGAUCCGCUGUCAGCUCUAGACCAUCAGACGGCCGAGUUCAUCGUUGGUAAAUUGUUAGCUGGACCGUUGCUCGAAGGCAGAACGACUAUUCUUGCCACACAUCGAACAGAACUAUGUCACGGUAUCGCCAAGCAAUGGGUUCGUUUGGAGCAGGGUAGAGCUACAAUCCACGAACCGAGCCAAAUCGAAGAUGCGAACGCACUAAAGCGCACUCAGACAAACGAAACCGAGUCGGAAGAAGAUGCAAAGAAGCGUGAGGAAGAGCAAGCAGCGGCUGUACCCGACAAGUUCAUCGAAGAUGAGCAUCGUGCAAAGGGAGGUGUCAAAUGGAGCGUGUAUUGGCGCUACAUCAGAGCAGGUACUCUCCGAUGGUGGUCCGUUGCUAUAUUCGUCAUGGCACUCUUCCGUGUGCUCGAUGUUGCGCAGACCUGGUUCAUCAAGUCCUGGGCCGAAAGCUACAACCCGGAUGGACACAAGGGUAUCUUUGACUUUCUGCCACCAGCAGCGGACGAUGUUGUUCCUUGGCUUUGGACUUUCUUUCUGUUCGUUUCCACGACCGCCGUACUUUUUUGGUGGACGAACCUGAUCAUGUUCGGUGUGGGCUACCAUGCUGCUAAGACCAUCUUCAGGGAAACUGUUGAACGCGUUGCACACGCCACGUUCAGGUUCUACGAUGUAACGCCAGUAGGGAGACUGAUGAACCGACUGACUAGCGACAUGAAUACCAUCGAUGGCGAACUGAGCAACGCCUUCAUCGUAUUCGCCUGGCAGAUCAUAGGCUGGAUGAGCGCCGUCGUCAUUAUCUUGUCUUCAACCCCAGCCUUCUUGGCUUUCGGUCUGCUGCUUGGCUGUGGGUUCGUAUACUACUUUUUCCGCUUUCUACCUACGUCGCAGAGCUUAAGACGACUCGAGAUGGUAUCGCUAUCACCACUCAUGAGUAACUUUGGUGCGCUUCUUGAAGGUCUUACCACUGUACGAGCUUUCAAUGCACAACAACGGUUUCAAGCUCGUGUUAUCGAGGUCGUCGACAACUUUCAGAAGAACGACCAUUUUUAUUGGUCGCUUCAGGCAUGGCUUGCGCUUCGCUUCAGUGUCAUGUCGGCUAGUGCUACGCUCGUUAUGACACUCAUCGCCGUCUAUACACAUAUAAGCCCCGGACUCACUGCGUUCGUGCUCAUCACUGCGGGAAAAUUCGUUAUACACACGGAGUGGAUGUGUAGGAUCUACGGAACGCUGGAGAUGGACUUUACCAGCGUCGAGCGUGUGGUUGAGCUCCUCGACAUCGAAACUGAAGCACCCGGCGUUGUCAAGCCGCCCGCACAUUGGCCUACGUACAGUGGUGACAUUGAGUUCGACGAUGUGACCAUCCGUUACGCACAGAACCUUGAACCUGCGCUUCAGAACGUCACCCUAAAGAUCCCAGCAGGCUCCAACACGGCAGUAAUUGGGCGCACGGGUUCUGGCAAGUCCACUCUGGCCCUCUCUCUUCUCGCCACUAUCGCGGCUGAAAACGGUAGAAUUCUUAUUGAUGGGAUCGAUAUAUCUACCGUGGAUAAACAAGCCCUCCGCAGCCGCGUUACUUUCCUGGCUCAAGAGCCUGUCCUCUUCUCGGGAACCAUGCGCAAGAACCUAGACCCUCUGUCUGUCUACUCUGACGCUUCUUGUCUAUCUGUGCUGCAAAAGAUUGGCGGCGACCAAUACGACUGGACUCUCACGACCCCCAUCGAGGGCGGGGGUAAGGGUCUUUCGCAGGGCCAACGACAGCUUGUCGGAUUAGCUAGAGCCAUGUUGAGAAGGAGUCCGAUACUGAUCAUGGAUGAAGCGACGGCUAGUAUCGAUUUCGAGACGGCACAGAGGAUUCAAAGCGUACUGAGAGAGGAAAUGAAGAGUAGUACGGUGGUCACCAUUGCACAUCGGUUAGAAGCAGUCAAGGAGGCAGACUACUGUGUGGUGCUCGGGAAGGGCAAGUUAGUCAAAGCCGGUAAAGCCGAAGACAUGCUUAGGGAAGGUGGGGAAUUCCAGGGUAUGUUGGCCUAG